GACUUGCACUGUCAGACGAGUGUCUUCUGUGUCCCUGAUCAUUUUAGAGGGUUAAUGAGGACAGUUAGCUUAAGGUCUAAUAUGAGGCAGAUCUCAUGACUAGUAGCUCACUGUGUGUGUUUUUUUUUCUGUCUAUGUUUGCUGUCUGGUUUGAAAUCGGAGUAUAAAAGGGAAGGCAUUUUCGACAAAAGUGGAUAGUUUCAAAAAGACAACAGCAGCAGUGUCAGACCUUAGUCUAUUUGGACUUCUAAAGACUUUUUAACGGUACAGUGUUUGUUGAUGGGCAUUCUCUCUACUCUUACUUUUCUAGUCUUGAAAAGUGAGAGAGUGUGUGUGGUUGUUGACGGUGCAGCCAGUUUUAGUAGGAAAUGGAUACGCUGAGUGGUGAGCUGAGUGAAAAGGAGCGGAAGCUGCUGCUGAUCCGCAGGGCCAGUGGAACCAAAGCCUCACAGCUGGCUCAGAUGGAGAAGAUGCUGCAGGAGACCAAAAGCAUGAUGGACAAGAAGACUGAAAAGGAUACAGAAAAAAACACAUACGAGGACAACAUGGUGUCUGAGCUGGAGGAGAAGGUGCAGCGCAGUAAGCGAGAGAGGCGUAACUCACUGCACCGCACGCAGCUUCUGGAAAGUCAGAUGAAGACAGUGCGUGGUGAGCUGGUGGACACCUUGGACCACUUGCAGGCCCUCAGAGACGUCCUACGUCGCUCACAGCAGAAAGCUGAGAAGCGCCAAGCAGCCAUGGAGAAACUGAAUGCCGAGCUCAGGUGAGACCCUGACCAGCAGACCUGACCUCAACGCUGUUAAGUGACACAGAGUGACAUUAAAGUCUACUCCUGCUUGCUGAUAUGACUGUUCUAUCAUUUUAUAAGACAAUCAUCAUGUCUAACUUCCCAGAUUGCAAGAGGGUUUGUAUUUUAAUGGUUUUAAGACCCUCCUUGAGUAUUUAAUAUAGCUUGGAGUUCUGUUAAGAGUUAAGAAUGGUUUUAUAUACUUCAUCCACUGUGUAUGUUGAAAAGUAGGAUUGUUUUUUAACUGGAAAUGUUUAUAUCAUUUGGCAAUUGUGCCCUUGCCAAUAUAUUUUAGCUUUUUUUGUAAGUGAGAAAAUAAGGUUUUUCUAAGGUUAUUUAUUUUGGGUUAUUUCCCAAAGUUGUUUCCUUCUACCUCCCCAAAACAUUAAAAGGAGACAUUCUAGCCAGACUAAUUUGACACAAGGUGUAAAAAGGUGUGUCAAUAUUUGUGCAUGUUCCCCUCGAUCUCAUCAAGCAUAUACUUAAGUCAGUAAACAAUUUUUGUAGUAGGAUCUGCUGAAAGAGACCACCGCCAUAAUGGAAUGCCAAUGCCAGAAAGGGGUUUUCUUGCUCUGCAACAACAUUUAGAUAGAUGAUACGUGUCACACAUGGACGCCAGGACACAAGGUUUCCAAGCAGAACAUUGCCCAAAGAAACACACUGCCUCACACUUGCCACAUCCCUAUAGUGCAUCCUGGUGUCAAACACCAGAUCACCUUUCUCCAUUGCUCCAUGGUCAUUUCUAAUGCUCAGUUGCCUAUUAUAGGUGCUUUUGGUAGUGUACAGGGGUCAGCAUGGGCACUCUGACCGGUGUGUGGCUCUGCAGCCUUAUCUUGGCUAUGUCAUCUUGCUGAAUGCACUGUGUUUUGAUAGCUUCAUCAUAGCUAGCAAUAACUGUGGGAUCUGACCAUAUGGGCUAGGUUUCAUUCCCCAAACCUGUCAGUAAGCUUUGAAUGCCCAUGGCCUGGUGGUAGGUUUACCAG